AACCACACAAACGCUUGCUCACUUGCUCCUGCAUGCCCCAAAAUUCUUCCAACAUCACUCUUCCUUCGUGAUCGCGAAACUUUGAGUGGCUUCAGUUGCAGGUUGGAUUCAAACACUCGUCAUCAAAAUCAUCAUCUGCCUUCCCUUCUUCCACAACCCGAUUACCAAUAACCAUGGCUUCCUCUUCUUCCUCAGUUAAUAUACACGACGUCUUCGUCCCGAUGUACAUCCGCGCCCUCCAAAAUACCUCCCACAUCCUCACAAAAGGCUUCUCCUACACAAACUCACAAGGUAUCCCCGAUAAAGAAGUCCUGAACUGGCGCCUCGCACCCGACAUGAACCCGCUCAUGUUCCAAAUCCGCAACAUCUGCAAGAUCGCCGAAAACCUCAUCGUCAUCGUUCUCGGCACCCCUUUACCUGCUUCUUCCUCGUCCUCAUAUGGCGGUGGUGACAUUGUUGCGGAAAUGCAAACCUGGAUCGCGAGUACGAUUGAGCUGUUAAAGGACACGACGAGAGAGCAGUUUGAGGGACGGGAUCAGGCUACUGUUACGGUGGCAGAUUUGGGUACUCGGAUGAAAGGCAUUGAGUACGUGCAGGAAUUCGGGGUGCCCAAUUUCUAUUUUCAUAAUAGCAUGAUAUAUGCACUGUUCAGGGGACAUGGGACACCAAUUGGCAAAUGGGAUUACUUGAGAGGUGGUGCUUAGGGUUUUGAUGAAAGACGAGAUCGAGCUGAGGACUGAGAGAGAUGGACUGGGAGAACUGUAGUACGGAGACAGCGGCAUAAAGUGACGGGAAUACAGGGCAUAUUUCAUAAUAUAUUAAUGAAGACCACUAAUAGGCUCUGUAGGUCUUAGUUUCAUCUCCCCAUAAUAAUAUCCUAGUCCCUGU